CCCACAAAGUGUAUUUACGUCAUCAUUGAAUUUGGAAUUCUGGUUGGCUACAUAACAAGAAAAUUGUCAACUCUGUCGACCUCUUCAAGGGACUUGAGAAAAGCGACUCAGACAACAACAACGUUCUUUGGUAUCCAUGGUUCGAAAAUGUGUAUCCCCGUUAAAAGCUUUGGUUUAUUCUACCAUCCAUCGUCGACUUAGAAGAAGGGAAUAUAGGAGAGACUGGAUAGCUCAGAUUCAAGCGGCUGCUCGUGGUCACGGAGUACGGUAUGCAGGGUUUGUGUACUUUCUUAGAAACAACCAAAUCAUUCUCAAUCGUAAAAUAUUGAGUGAAUUGGCAAAAACAGAACCCGCCACAAGUUCUAGUUUAUUGACAUGGUGUGCAAGAUCGACCAAAGUGAUAGAUUUGAAAAAUAAAGUAGAACACAGUGAAUAACUUGUAUAUUCCGUGGUCAAAGACUGUUCUCUAAAGAAAGAAAGAAAAAAAUAAAUGA